UAGUGCAUCACAUGGGGGAAGAGAAGGACUAAAAAUGCGAUUCGUUGCUUUCCCUUUUGUUAAAAAAAAAAAAAAAAAAAUCGUCUUUCCUCUCCACAUCCUUUCUGACACCUCAUCUCUUCUUCCUCCGUUCCGUUCUCCACAGAAAAGAUCCUCGAUUCCGAUCCAUCACCUCUGACGUGAUCAGCGAUUGAAUGGACUCCAUCUCUCCGCUUUCCAAUCAGACGACGACGACGAGCUCUGGCUCCGAUCUCUCUCGCCGUAAGUGUAAGAAGAAAUCUCCGUCGUCUCCGCCUCCAUCGUUAGAGAAAUGGAGAUCGGAGAAGCAGCAACAGAUCUACUCCACGAACCUCGGCCACGCUCUUCGCGAGCUUCGUAUCAGCCAACCGUCACCCAAUCCUAACGGCAGAGCCGUGCGCGAAGUCGCCGACAGAGCGUUAGCCGUCGCGGCGAGAGGCAAAACGCUAUGGAGCCGAGCGAUACUGUCCAAGGCGGUCAAACUCAAGUUCAGGAAACACAAACGGCAGAGAAUCGCGAACCCGGCGUUGACUCAGCCGGUAAUCGCUACCGGGAGUCUCAGGUCGAAGAAACAGAGAGCGGCGACGGUUAUGAGGAUUAAAGCUAAAGGAUUGCCAGCUGUACAGAGGAAAGUUAAGGUUUUGAGCCGGUUAGUUCCCGGUUGCCGUAAACAGACGUUACCGGUGGUUUUGGAAGAGACCACUGAUUAUAUAGCUGCCAUGGAGAUGCAGAUUCGCGCCAUGACUGCUCUUCUCUCCGCCGUCAGCUCUCCGACAGAACAUGAAGAGGGACAAACACAUGUGCUUGUGAUUGAGCUCUGUAAUCGUAAUACAUUUCAGUUUCUUGAUAAUCGAGCAAGUACAUGAUGACAAGAUCGAGUUAAUGUUUAGGUGUUUGGUUAAUUAAUGAUAUGAAUUGGAGGGCAAAUGCAACUAUGGGAGAUAUGCUUAAAGCUUUUUGUUUUGUUAUGUUUGGAGUUAGCUUGGUGAUUGGAAUUGAAUUCGCUUUGUUAUGACACAUAUAUGAUUGUUUCUUUUUCUUCUUUUGUAUAUGGUUAUUUGGUUAGAUUUUGGUGAUGUAAAAGAAGGUUAAAAAGGAAAUAAAAAACUAGAGAAUAGAUCA